AUGCCUGGGGUUUACGAUAGAUUCAACAAGGAUCUAUCAAUUGGUAUCAGAGCAGUUGAUGCUGGGGAAAAAAUAACAGCAAAUGAACAACAACAACAACCUCUGUGGAUUCAACAACAAGAAAAUGCCCAGGAAGAGCUGAGGAUCAUCCGAACAGAGUUGCUAGAAAUGGUGAAGAUAAUGAAGAUGCAUCGUCAGAACCAGAUAAAGAGAGAAGAAGAGACAGAAGCUAAAAUAGCAGAAAUGAGAAAAUAUUACUACUCAGAGGAAGGGAUGGAGGCUGAGAAGGCUAAAUGGAGACAAAUUUACUACUCAAACUUGAAGGAGAAGGAGAAAGUAGUCAAUGAAGAGGAAGAAGAAUCAUUGGAAGAUACUGAGUUGGAAUCUGAUGAUGAUGAAGAAGAAUCAUUGGAAGAUACUGAGUUGGAAUCUGAUGAUGAUGAAGAAUCCUUGGAAGUUACUGAGUUGGAAUCGAAACCUACGAUGGAACCUCAGCUUCCACCAUCACUGCUGCCGGCUCCAUUGCUUUCUCCACCGGUGCUGACACCACCACCAUCGUCCGAUAAUGAAGAAGAACUAUCUUUGGAAGUUGCUGAGUCGGAAUCGGAAUCCGAGUCAACACUGCAGCUCCCACAACCAAUGCUGCCGCCGACAGAACCAACUCUGCAGACGUCUCCCCCUCCAUUAGCACCGCCGUCUCCACAAUCUCGAGGGUUCGAGAAGAGAAACGAGGCUACAAGUCUGAUCAUGGCAAGCCCUAAUCAGAGUGUUACACAGCUGAAAAUGCCUUGGUUCACUAGCAACAACAUCGAUGGCUGGAAAUUUGAGGUUGAAAGAAGACGACCCAUGCAAGAUUGGGAAGAAAUGAAAGGGUGGAUUCAUCGUCAACACGGAUCUUCAAAGGAAGGAGCGAUUUACGAGCAGCUAUGGACUCUUCUCCAGUUAACGGAGGACCAACGGCGUUUCAGUGAGAAGAUGGCCCCGUUAGUCGAUGGACGGAAGGAAGUGAUUGUAGGGUUUUGCAUAAAUGGGCUUCAAAGAGAUAAGUGGGUUGUGAUCAACACCUUGGGCUCACAAAAUGCUGAACAUACUAUGGACUUAAUGGGUAACGCUUUUAAUUUAAGCCCAAAUUUAAUUGUAUCAGCUAUGAUUUUGACUACAAAGGUCAAACAAAGAUUAGACCCACGUUAUUUUGACGUCACACUGACCAAAUUAACCAGACAAUGGUCGCCGAUUCCUCAAUCUCGCACCUUUGUUUCUCUUCUGCCGAUAGAACCUCAAUCGGCCACCUCUUACUCAACCACGAAACUAACCGCUUUAAGGUUGGAGGCGUUGGCUUCUCCUAAUCUCGCCUUUAAAAUCCUAGGGGUCAAUAUUGGAUCCCUGUCAUCCAAAACAUCAUCCAAACAUCAGGACCCCCUAAUCCGAGAAAAAGGUACUGUUGCUUUCUCUACUGGGUAUCAUGGUGGGGAUUUUACUCUAACAGAUUUUGCGAAAAUCUACUAUGGUAUUCACGAGUCAAAGAAGAACAUUCAUCGGGAAUAUCAACAGUGGCCUAUAUUAACCAAACUUGGUGACGAUUUGAAGUCGGACGAGCAAACUUUGUAUGUGAGAGAUGUUCGAACUAUCAUUUGGUGGGGGAAGAAACAAGAAAUAGUUAGAUAUGCUUAUGUGCUUGCGGUAACAUAUGAAGCACUUCAGGCAAUUGAACCAUGUUGUUGGUUUCCGAUAGUGCAUGGAAAAUGGUGUAUGCUUGUUGGAAUCAAAAUACAGGAGGAUUUGAACACCAUUGAGAAUGGCAUACCGGAAGCAUACACUGAGCUGGUGGGGAACCAAGAGACCUCAGAACUACACCACAAGUCUGCUGAUGAUAUUAGAAAUCUUCAUGAUGGCAACAAUAGGAAUAUUGGUAUAAGAAUUGGGGUAUUAGAGGAAAAGAUUGUAGCCAUGCAAGCUUGUGGGGUAUUGAUUCCGAUUACAAAGAGUGUUUAUGUCCCAUACUUGGAGGAGUCUCUGGGAUUUAUGAUAUGGUCUGCUAGUUAUUUCCAUGAAGAUACACCAAGGAUUGCUGAUACCGCAGUUAAGAUGAUUGUGAGGGCUGCAAGGCAAAGAGAUGUGUGGGUGAAUGAUCCGGGUGGUACGAAGAACAUGAUAAAGAGAACCAAAGAUGGGCUAAAGCUGAGAGAAACGGAUGAUGGACAGCAGCAGGAGUCUCUCAGGAAGAAGUUUGAGGGCUUUUUUGUCUCUUUUCUCGGGUCACUAAUGUUAUACCUGCACGGUUGGCUGCUUUGGGUUUACCUCUCCUCCUUGCCACUACACAUGAUCAAGACCACAAGCGUGACCCAUUCUUUUCUUCACCUUGAGGACAAGGUGAAAGUUUGGGCGGCCGGUAUUGAUAAGCCCAACUAA